GAAGGAAUCACACUUCACCUGCAGAACAAUUUUACAAAACAUGCUAAUUUCAAUUUCAUUUUUCAAAUCAUGGCAACCUAUUUUGUGUUCUGGUCUUACAUUUCAUGGCUCAAGUUUGUACCUAUUUCUAUCGUGAACGCUGUGCUUAUUGUGAGUGUGCUGCGGAAGCGAACUCUACGUUGCGAAACAUCAAGCGUAUACUUGUUAUGUUUAUUAAUUGCGCACUUCCUGGUUGGUUUAUGGGGACUUUUAGAAGCUAUUCUAUUCUCCAUCACAAAAACUUUAUCGCAGUUGGAAGAAGAUGUAACAGCACGAGGGGUUAGUAUCAGUAUCUAUAUUGGGAUUCAAUGUUAUACAUUUUCGGCACUUGUGUUGGUGACCAUGGAUAGACACUUAGCUGUCCAUAACCCCUUGAAGUAUCAGUUUAUCUCAGCAAGAUUUAUUGUUAUAUCGAUAAUUUUAUCCUUAUUUCCAUCCAUCUUGUUUACAGCUUUAAUGCUCAUACCAGGAGAGCAGCAUUCGUCAGCAAUUUUUUGUGUGCUCUCCCUCAUCGGUUCUGUUUUUAUCGUUUUUGUGAAUGUUAAAGUUUAUUUGACUGCGCGGUCACACUUUCGAAACAUAAAAAAGGAUAGUGUUGCGGAGGAUGAAACACAAAGCGUUCUCUUGAAGAAAAGGCUGAUGCGACGCCAGCAAAAGUCAUUGGUUAUUACACUUCUUUUGGUUGCGACUUUCAUUAUCGCAUGGCUUCCUAGCUACGUGCAUCUAUUCAUAGCUGCCACAGGAAACACAGUACCUGAUUACGUCAUCGUUAUAUCAUUCGCCAUACUUUCACUCAACUCCCUUGUCGAUCCAUUUAUUUAUAUCUUCUUAAAUGGAAAGUUAAAGCGAGCUGUCAAAAGUUUGUUUUGUAAGCAGAUCGAAAUUCGCGAAGAAACACACUAUACAAAAUGACUGCAUAAAGUAAAUUCAGCUGUAUUCUGAGAGACAAAUUUUUCUAGAAUCACUAACAAAAACUUUGAGACUUGCAGAUGUGUUUAAUAGGAAUUUUGAUGGGUAGUGUAAAAAUGUAUUGGCAACCUCGGAAAAGAAGAAAAAUCUCGCCCCCGCCCUCCUUCCACCCCCGCCAAUUUUAACCGACGGAAUUUCAUUUUGAAUUUCAUUUAAUUUAGGUUUUUAAUGAAUUUAGGUGGGAAACGGUUAUGUCGCCAAAGGAGACCCUGAGAACGAGCCAGGCUAACAAAACCCCUCCCCCAUAACUUCCAAACACCAUAUUUAGUUAGCUUUUUUACAGUCAAAAUGUUUUUGGUAUGACGUCAUGCUGACACCCUUGUUAACGCAGGUGAAGAAUAUUCGGCUAUUUUUUUUUUGAAAUAUCUUUAUUACUAGUUCUAAUUUUUUGUUAAACACGCAUCAUAUAAAACAUUUAUUUUGAUUGUAGUGGCGGCUUCUCCCUGUGUAACAUGUGCUCUGGGUGUGCUUUAGCUCUAAUACUCUUAGUGUAGAACUUUUCCGUUUUCAACAAAGCUUAGCAUAGUAUACAAAGAAAAGGAUUCUUAAUUGUAUGAUGGUGGUAUCGGAGCCGAUCCGAAGGCCUAUCCUAUAGCAGUUUUUUUUAUUUCACUCUCAAUUUAAAGAAACUUAUCAGACGAAUUAAAUUCUGCCAAAUUUAGUUUUCCUCAAAAAUUCCCUUUCCUCAUCUAAACGCUCUAAUUUUUGUGACUUUUCACACACACAAAAUAUAUACAUAUAAAAAAAGUUUAUCAAAAAACCUACCAUAUUGCAUGAAAUUAACAGUCAAUAAAUUCAAGCCUUUUAUAAAAGGUUAGCGAAAAAAAUACAGAUAUCGUGCGAUUUAUCUGUUUUGUGAUCUAAAAAAGCUAUAGUUCAUUGUCAGUAGGGAAUAGUCUACGUUUUAG